CGGCGGCGGCCGGUACGCUGGGAUGGCUGGCGCCGGGAGCGAAGCUCGGUUCGCCGGGCUGUCACUGAUGCAGCUCAACGAGCUGCUGGAAGACGAGGGGCAGCUGACAGAGAUGGUGCAGAAGAUGGAGGAGACGCAGAACGUUCAGCUUAAUAAAGAAAUGACGCUGGCCAGCAACCGGAGCCUGGCGGAAGGCAACCUUCUGUACCAGCCCCAGCUGGACUCUCUGAAAGCACGUUUGACCCAAAAGUACCAGGAACUCCAGGUGCUCUUUGAAGCCUAUCAGAUAAAGAAGACCAAAUUAGAUAAGCAAUCCAGCAGUGCUUCCUUGGAGACCCUGUUAGCACUUCUGCAGGCAGAAGGGGCCAAGAUCGAGGAAGACACAGAGAAUAUGGCAGAGAAGUUUCUUGAUGGAGAGCUUCCUCUGGACUCCUUCAUUGAUGUCUAUCAGAACAAGAGGAAACUGGCCCACAUGCGAAGAGUUAAAAUCGAGAAGCUCCAGGAGAUGGUGCUGAAGGGGCAGAGACUUCCCCAGGCCCCAGCGCCUGCCCCACUGCCACCCAGGGUGCCCGAGCCGGUGCCGGCUGUGCCCCUGCCCUACCCCACCCCAGAGGCCAGCGGGCCCCCCUCCGUCAUGCCUCGGCGCAUCCCGCCCCCACCACCCCCAGUGCCUGCAGGACGCUUAGCCACACCGUUUACUGCCGCCGUGGGCUCGGGACAGGCCUUCCCGUACCCAGCAUCACAGUGCCCUCCCUUGCCACCCCGCGUGGGCCUCCCCCCGCAGCAAGGCUUCUCGCAGUUUGUGUCGCCGUACCCGCCAGCUCUGCCCCAGAGACCCCCGCCCCGGCUGCCUCCACACCAGCCAGGCUUCAUCCUCCAGUGAGUGGCCCUCAUCCUUCCUGGGGACUCCUCUGCCUGCGCUGCCGGCCGGGGCUCGCACACGUGGAGGUGCGAGCGCCAGCUGCUUUGUCAGGGGCUCUGGUGCUCAGGCCCGGGCAUCCAUCUGGUUUUAGCCUGUAGGUCAGUGGUAAGUAGACAUAGAACCCUGGUUUUGGACACCUAGGUGGUUGCGCACCGGGCCUUGGCCCGGCAUCCCCGUGGUCGCGCUGGUUUGUGUUCUCAGUAUGAUUUCUAAGUCUGGUGUCGAUGAACCCAUGAGUUGGGUAAAAAAGCCCUCCUCAUUCCCACUUAGGCUCGUGGUCCUCCCAUCGCAGCAUGUUUCAUCAUUUCUGCUUUAUUUUCAAGACGGUUCUGUGUGUCCCAACCCACCACCCACCACGGCUCCUGGUGGUGGUCAGUCAGGUGGGCCAGCCCAGAAGGUGCUUACUGACUCUGUGUGGGCUGGUGGGCCUCACAGUCUCCCCCUCCCCAACCCUGGAUGCUCAGAGCCACCUGCAGAGUUUGCACUUGGCCCUCUGCCACAUCCAGAACCCAGGCGCUUUGCGGCGGGUGAGGAGAUGGGUGCGAGCUGGCCUUUUGCACAGCAGAUGUAAUGUCUCCAGCUCCUCCUCUGCCUCGAGCCAGCCCCUGAGGGUUUCUAUGAAGAAAUGUUCCUCUAAUAUUUUUACUACAUGUGUAAUUGUCCUGUUUUAUAUUGAGAAAGAAAACUUUUUUGACCACAAGACCAUUCAGGGAAACUUUAUAAAAAAUGCACAUAUUGUUUUGAGAGGUUGAGAUGCAGAUAAAGUGGAUGUAGUUUCCUUUCUUGCAAGUAGUGCACGGUUGCACCCUCGGGAGGCCGUGCUGUGCCUUAGCUUCACCUGGUGCAGGUGGGGGGCAGGCCAGGCUGUGGGGUGGUGUCACCAGUUGCCGCUGCUGCCCCAGCAGCUCUGUGUUCUCGGAGGGGCUUGUCUGUGUCCGAUGUCAUGUUGCAGGUGGAAGAAAAGUCCACCCACCUUAACCAGGAUACUCUUAGCCAAUAUUCUCUGCCUCCCGCUGGGCAUCAGGGCACAGAUGGGGCAGGGGUGCGACAGAGGGUUACCCAUGGGGUCUCGAGAAAGCCAGCCCCUGGCCAUCAGAGAGGGUGCCAGCAGCUCUGCUGCUCUUGCUACACCCCAGGCUUUCCCUGACCCUCUGGUUCUCAUCUACACGUGCCAUGUGUGCUGGAUUCCCAGGGCCCAGGAGUAGUGUUACCACCAUCCUGUUGACAAAAAAGGCCCAUAUGCUCAGUUAUGGUACUGGCCCUGGCCUGUGACUACCCACCUGGCUACUACUCAGGUGACAGAAUGCAGACAGAGCUGAAACCAGUUCUGUCCAAGCAGACCACGGGCAAGGCCACCAACCUUUGUCCUCAGUUAUUGUACAGUUUUAUUCCUGGACUUGAACUCUACUGUGUCAGGACUGUUUUUAAGGAGAACAGCCGAACAGGACGAUUUACUGCCCUGCCAAUCGGGUGGGCCUGCCACGUCUGUGAAUCUGGAGAGAGGCCACCCACCCCUACCUCUGCCAUCUGCGCCAGCUUUGGGGGGUGCCCACCGCCCACACGGGGUGCAGCCAAAUGUGCGAGCUUGGCAUUGAUGUGGGGAAGGGGUUGCCCGGCUGGCCUCAGCAUCUCCAGGGCCACAUCUGAGCUAGGGUUGUAAAGUUGUAAGACCCUUUUUAAUAAACAGAAUUGUUGGUAA